AUGUCGCAGGCGCUUCUUGGUCGGCUCCAGGAUCCCUCUGAUGCACUAGCGGACCAUAUUCGUGAGGUGCAACUCGGUCCGUUCGCUGACGAGGGUUACUUUUUGACUGAGGCUUUGCGAUACGACGCGGGAGAUGGGACGACAGUGCCGUAUUCAACUUGGCUCAAAAUACUGCAGAGGAUCUUGUAUGUGCAGGAGGAUAAGGGCACUGAGGUGAUUCCGCUUGGUCUGGCGCCGAGGUCACUCAGCUAUAUUCAGCAUCUUGUCCAAGACCCAGAAAGCAUAACGUCAGAGAACGACCUCUCAGCUAUCGUGAUGCACGACGAAGGAUACAUAUCGCCACUUCUUGAGCGUGCAUUGAAGAAUUUGGCCAAUCUACGCUCGCUCACGUGGCGUUCACAUCUUCCCUUUCCCCGCGACGCCCUCCGAGCCUUGAAGCAAAUGUUACCUUCUGCAAAGAUCAACAUCGUCUUCCCAUGGGAAUUAAGAUCCAUGCCCAUAGACCGAACCCUACUCGCCUCGCCUCAAAUCUACUCGGUGGACAUCUACGUCCACAGGAGCUCGCCCUUCAUCCCUCAAGAUGCCUAUAGCGAAUACCGGACCCUGAAAGACUGCCUCGUGCGAGGAAAUAGUGUCAAGCGACUGUCCAUACAUGAGUACAAGAACUUCGAUGUGCCGCGCCAAUUCCGUUCGCAAGAAGCCCCCCAAAACGGCGGCAGCGCUCUGAUCAACUGGACCCGAGUCACCCGCGGCCCGUUGAAUUUUGACUGGCAAGACGGCGACCAUUUCCCCUCCCUUGAGAGUUUGAAGCUUCCAGAAGACGAGUAUCACCUCCCAGCAAAGCACUGUGACAUGUGGACGCGCUGUAUGGAUUGGAGUCACCUCUUGCGCCUUGACGUCUCAGAAUCCGCGCCCCAGCACCUUCUAAAAGUCCUCACGGGGCGCGUCCCGCAACUUGAACAUCUCCGCUUCGGACAGUGGCUUCCCAUUUGCAACGAUGCGUCAUGGAAGUGGGGAAAGCGGCUCGAUAUAAAACGCUUCUUAAACUCCAUCACCGCCCUAAAAGAGCUAACCUUUUGCUGUUGGGACUGUAGCGACUAUCUCUCCCUGUUCCAAGCACAGAGACUAUCCCUUCGGCGCGUGAAGAUUGAGAAUAAUAAGUCGUUUGACAGUAAGGAGGAAAGGGAGCUCGCUUUGCGCUUGCUGGAAACCUUUCCUCGCCUCACCGACGCGGAGUUCAAGAUUCAAAGUCCCGCGCUGAAAGGGUCUUGGGCUUUGACGCAGGCUUUGACGCCACAGCAGAAGCUGAAAUCCAUGCUAAAGGGCCGGCCAACGCUGCCGCCGCCUUUACCAUGGAGUGGACGAGGCAUACCUUGGGUACGUACUGUCAAAUUGGUGCUUACGUUUUUGGUGUGGAUAUUGAGGGCUAUGCUGACGCAAAUGAUUACAUUUAGGACCACCCAUUGGCGUGAUCAGUAUGAGAGGGUAUACUACCCGAGUGAGGAUGGAAUUGAUUUGAGGGGAAUGUAG